AUGGCUCAAGCAUUCCCUGCCUUUUACGAGGGUUGGAUGAUGAACCACCAAAACUUGCUUGAAAAACUCUUGAGCUUUUCAUCUUUAGACGCUUUAGCUAAUGAUAAAAAUGACAAAUGUCAAGACUUGCUUGCUGAAGUUCUAGCUCACUAUCAACAGUACUAUGAAGAGAAAACAAGAGCUGUAAAUGAGAAUGUAUUUCUCAUGCUUUCUCCACCAUGGUUGAGCUCUUAUGAAAGAGCUUUGCUUUGGAUUUCUGACUUCAUACCGACCACUCUUUUUCCUCUGAUUGAUAACUCACUAGGAGAAGAUUUGGCUGAUGAACAACGGGAGAUGAUUCAGGUGAUCAGAGCUGAGACUAGGAGACUAGAGAAGGAAGUUGAACAAGCAAUGGCUGCAGUUCAAGAAAGCAUUGUCGCCCCACCAAUCUUUGAUUUGCUGAGAAGACACGAGAGAACUGUGGAUGGCGAAAUAUCAGAGCUAGAUGCAGCUAUCGAUAAGUUUAAGGAAAAUAUGAUGAGGGUCAUCGAAAAUGCUGAUGCUCUUCGAGGAUCAACUGUGACGAAAUUGGUGGAGAUUUUGAGCCUUGUUCAGGCUAUCAAGUUCUUGGCUGGUGCUUUCCAGUUUACUCUUCAAGUAAGAAGGUGGGGUUCGCAAAGGGAUGCCCAGAGUUCUAGAAUAACAAGAGAUGUUCAUCCGUAA